GUCUUCUUGUCCUUGACAACGUAACCCUUCAACUCCCCUCCUUCAGCAGCAAAGCAGCAGCAAAGCCGGCAAAAUGGGUCGCGUUCGUACCAAGACUGUCAAGAAGUCCGCCAAGGUCAUCAUUGAGCGGUACUACCCCAAGUUGACCCUCGACUUCGAGACCAACAAGCGCAUCUGCGAUGAGAUCGCCAUCAUUGCCUCCAAGCGCCUCCGCAACAAGAUUGCCGGCUACACCACCCACUUGAUGAAGCGUAUCCAGCGUGGCCCCGUCCGCGGUAUCUCCUUCAAGCUGCAGGAGGAGGAGCGUGAGCGCAAGGACCAGUACGUUCCCGAGGUUUCUGCUCUCGACUUCACCCAGAACUCCGAGAGCGGUCAGCUCGACGUCGACACCGAGACCAAGGACCUCCUGAAGCACCUCGGCUUCGACUCCAUCCCCGUCAACGUCAUCCCCGUCACCCAGGCCCAGCCUGUCGAGCGCGGCCGCCGCUUCGGCGACCGUCCCCGCCGCGACUAAAUGUCGCCCGGUCGACGAUAACCAAAAUAAUAAUGGAAAUCGGGCGUUGGAUCAUGCACUACGGUGGUGUCGGUCCUACCUGGGUUGGUGUUCGGUGUCUAUCUGGAACAGGGUAGCAUGAGCAUCAUUAGGUCACAUCUGCGAAACCAAAUGCGAUCUGUUUGCCCACAAAA